AUGGUUGCCGCAGAACCUAUUCCUUCCGGCGUUCCCCUUGGCACUCAAAUUAAGACAGAUGCAACUGUUCUUUGCGGAGAUGUUGAUAUUAGUGAUGAUGGUGCUGUUUCUGUUAAGCUUAAAGAGUAA